AUGAGAUUACGCUUCAUCGCCCUGACAGGGCUCCUUUUCGGACCAUUAUCCACCACUGCAGACCAGAGCAUCAAGGUUGAUGACGUCGCAAAAUUCGACUUUGCCUCUAUUCCCAACCUGGUUUGUCUCUCAGUCCUUCUCAUCUUCAGCUUGACGCUACUACGAAGGACCAUGUCACCACGAAACGGUCAACUAACCCUUCGACAUUCACAGCCUGGCUCCCUGGAUAAUACUGUUGUUUCUCUGGAUCAAAUCUCUGGUGCACCAAACACACCUCGCCAUGCCGACGCCUACAAGAAGUUGAACAAGGCUAUGGCGAGAGGAUGGGGGAACUGGAAUGCCCACCAUCCGAGGCACCGACUCUUGGAUGCCUUAUAUGGAUAUAACAGAUACUAUGAGCGACAGAAACUUGAGCUCGAUCGACUACAAGGGCUUUAUAAACACGUUUCGAGAGCUCAAAAGUCUUUACUAGAACACUCAGUUGAAUACUCCAAGAAGUUCACCCGAAUUGAUAAUCUUCUCAAGAAGAAUCAAGAACUUUGUAAUGAUAUCGUACAGCAUGCAAUGAACUUCUACAACAUUGGACAAGAUGAACUAGACAAGCACAUGAAUGGUCUUGAAGCAUCGGGAAGAUUUGCCGACAAAAUUUCAGUCUCUCAAUCUUUGAAACACUAUGUUCGUGACUGGACCGAGACAGGCGAAUCUGAGAGGAAAGAGACAUUUUCAUGUCUGACCAAUACGCUAGAGAGCUUGUUCCCCGAAAGAGAAGGGGAUAAGCCUGUGAAAGUCCUUAUUCCUGGUGCCGGUCUAGGAAGAUUGGGACAUGAUAUUGCAAGACUUGGGGGUUUCGAUGUGACCAUCAACGAAUGGUCCAUGUAUAUGAAUGUAGCAUAUCGCUUCCUCGAAGCUAACCGUUCUCAAAACUCACACUCCUUUCACCCUUUCGUCGAUAGUUGGUCUCACCACGCCACCCAGUCCAACAUGGUUCGCCCUCUAUCUUUUCCCGACGUAUCCCUCAAUUCUACAUCCGUAGUCUUAAUCGAAGGCGAUUUCACAGCUGUUUUCUCCACACCAGGUGAAUACGAUGUUGUAGUCACGUACUUCUUCAUCGACACAGCACGCAACCUAAUGAGUUACCUUGACACGAUCAAAAAGGUUCUGAAACCAGGUGGUCACUGGAUCAACCUGGGGCCGUUGCUUUAUGGAACCGGGCCGUUUGUGCAGUUGAGUUUGGAGGAGGUUUUGGUGGUUAGUGAAGCUUUGGGUUUCGAGUUUCUUGAAACAGAUGAGAGUUGUGGAAAGAAGACGUUUGAGGAAAGAACAAUAAGGUCAAUGGAGGCGGCGUAUGGGUUUGAUGACAGGGCUUUGACAAAGAGCGCAUAUAAUGCGCAGUUUUGGGUGGCGAGGAGGUCUAUGAAGCCUUAG